CUUUUAAAAAGGCUCCGUUGCCUUUAUAAUCAGUGAUAUGCAAAUCAACUGCUUUUAUUGCGUUCCUCUCGUAGAUUCACCAGGAAAUCAAGCGAGAUUCUCAACAGCUCGGCAGAAAACAGAAGCGGAUUAAGAGAUUCUGCCAGUUCGCUGAAUAGAAGCCUUGAGGCGAGAUGCUUUUCAUUUUGCUGGCUCUCUCUCUGGGCCCGGUCGGAUCGGAGAGGAUGUAUUUCUUCCAGUCCAAUGCGACGGAGUGGGCUGUGGCUCGGAACCACUGCCGUUCCUGCUUCAGGGAGCUGGUGAGUGUCACUCCGGACAACGCCGCCCUGCUGGUGGGAGGCCUGACCAACGACACCUGGACCGGGCUGCGCAAGGAGCUCGACGGGCCCAUGGACUGGUCCCAGUGGUCCAACGGCGAUCCGCUCACUUUCCAGAACUGGUACCCAGCCCGGCCCGACAGCAACAACUCGGACGACUCCUGCGUGAAGUUCCUGAGCUUCGGACCCUGGUUCGACCAGCCCUGCGAAACUGAGCUUCCAUACAUCUGUUACGAAGAUCGUUUCUAUGGUAACCUGACUGUUUCCAACGUCUCGUUAACCAACGUGUCCCUGAGCUGGACCCCCGGCCCGGGUAAUGUAAGUCAGUACCGAGUGGAGGUGUCGGGGAACACCAGUCAGGUUCUGAACUCCACCGGGCUGACCGCGCUGGUGGACUCCCUGACCCCCGGCAGCCUCUACCGAUUCCAGGUCUUUCCCGUCAAAUGCGACAGAGAUCUGAACCCAGAGAACGCCACCGUCUACACAAAGCCGGAAAGGGUGACCGAUCUGAACGUCACGUCCGUCACCACGAAAACCGCGACCCUGCGCUGGAGACGGCCAACGGGGAACGUGGACAGCUUCCUCGUGGAGGUGGAGGGGUUUCCUACCCUGAACGUCACGGCUCCGGGGGAGGCUGCCUCUGUGGACAGGCUCAGCCCAGGAAAGCAGUUCACUUUCAGGGUGACGACGCUGGUGCUGGACCGCUCGAUCAGUGGAGACCCAGUGUCCGUGUCUGCGUUCACCAAGCCCGAUCUCGUCUCCAGGCUGCAGGUGUCAGAGGUCACCACGACGAUGCUGAACCUGAGCUGGGCACGGCCGGAAGGUGGGCACGACGGCUACAGAGUGGACUGGACUGGCAACUGGGCCUUCCUCAACCACACCCAGACCGUCUUCACAGAAUCAUCCAGACUGGAGAACCUCGAACCCGGGACCAACUACUCGAUCUGGGUCACGGCGCUGGUGGCAAACCAGUCCGUGGAGGGCGACCCGGUCUUCAUCACCAGUUACACAAGACCUGAUGUCAUCACGGAACUCGCCGUUACCGAGACAACCAGAACUAACAUCGCGGUCCAGUGGAAGCCUCCAGCCAAUGGAAGCUGGCAUUCGUUCAGGGUUCAGGUUCCGGAAUCACCAGCCCUCGAGACUGUAGAUCUGACAGCCAACCUGACUGGACUGAAGUCAGGGAAAGAAUACACAGUCACGGUUAUUACCCUAGCAGCCGACAAAACCAAGCUCUCCGACCCUGUCAACGUAACCACCUACACAAAACUAAACGAACCCAAAAACCUGCAUAACACCUCUUUUAACACGACUGACAUCCACCUGAGCUGGGACGUCCCAGAGAACAUGGAAGGGGUGCAGAGCAGCUACCUGAUCAACUACACCACGCGAUUCUGGAAGCUCAGCCACUCUGUGGUCGCCCGCACCAACGCCACCAUCCUCACUGACGUGCGAUCCGGAGUGGAGUACAGCAUCACAGUGCAGACGCUGCUGCAAAUGGGACAGAGCAACGUGACCAGCCAGCCCAUCACAAUCAAGUGCAGCACCAGGGGGGUGGACAGGGUGCUCACUCUGGGGAUGCAGUGCCAGUCGAAGGACCCUCUGCAGUGUGACACAGAGCAGACCAGAGAGCAGGCCAUGAAGGAGCUGAAGAAGCUUCUGAAUGACAAGCUGGACGGAGUGACGUGGACGCUGAGAUGGAGGGAUUCGUCGGACUGAAAGAGAAAGACCAGCGAGCCAUUUUCUUUCCUUUUUUUUUGUAACCUUUCCCCCAUUCCUCUGUU